UAUACAUCUGCCACUGCCAGCACUAAUCCCCUCCCUCCAGACCGACGCACAACCCCUAAAGCAUAUCGUACUAGCCAAAAGAAGCGCAGCACGCCAGGAUCUCUCCUGGCGUUAGGGUUUUUAAACGGCCAAUAAUUAUUCAAUCAUCAACAUCAUUACCCAAAAUUGAAUUACCCGACAUAGGAGAGAGAGUGAGAUAGUAAAGAGAGAGAGCCAUAGCUGAUUCAAAGCUAGCUUCUGUCGAUUCUAUUUGAAAACAAAAGGAAACUCUCUCUCACACACACUCGAAUAUCAGUUUAACAAAUUUCCCUUUCAGAUUAUUUGGCUUCUUAGUGGAUUCGAUUUUUUUUUGUUUCGAAAAUGGGUAGCAAAAGGGAAGAAGAGAGAAACGAGAAGAUUAUAAGGGGUCUCAUGAAGCUUCCUCCUAAUCGUCGAUGCAUUAACUGCAACAGCUUGGGUCCUCAAUAUGUAUGCACAAACUUUUGGACGUUUAUUUGUACUACAUGUAGUGGAAUACAUCGUGAGUUCACACAUCGUGUCAAGUCAGUUUCCAUGGCCAAAUUUACUUUUCAAGAAGUGGAUGCUCUUCAGAAAGGAGGUAAUCAGCGUGCGAGGGAGUUAUUUUUGAAGGCCUGGGAUCCUGAGAGGAACAGACUUGUGGAUAAUAGCAAUAUUGAUAAACUUCGAGACUUCAUAAAGAACGUAUACGUUGAUAAAAAGUAUUCCAUGGAGAAGUCUUCUGAUAGGCCUCCAAGAGAUCCACAGAGCUUAAGAAGCCAAGACGACGAAAUGAGGCGAGCAAGCUCAUAUCAUUCGUACUCUCAAAGUCCGCCAUAUGAUUUUCAAUAUGAAGAAAGGCGGUACGGGAAACAUGCACCCUCACUCACUAGAAAGCCUGGUUCAGAUCGAGGACUUUAUGAGGGAAAGCUUGCUGGUUUUUUGAGUCCCAACCGUUUAAGUGAUUAUGCAAAGAAUGACAGGUUUUCGAAAGACGGUUCUUAUUCCAGAAUGUCAGAUUAUUCUGGUAAUCGUGGAAUUGAUCUUUUCAUAUCUGAUGUUUUAUCAACUAGUUCCCAGAAAGAAACUGGAAGCCCAUUUAGUGAAGCUUCAAGAGAUAUCUCAAAUGAAGCGCCCUCGUUACAUAAAUCAGAUGCAAUUAACAGCAAAUUCCAUCCUCAGCCUCAGAGAACUGCAUCCUUAGGAAGCUUUGGAUCUUUUGAUAGCAGUUCAACGUCUUUCAAAUCAGUUCAUUCUACGAGCUUUCCUGAAGUUGGGUCUGAACUUGGACAUUCUGCUGAGGUUUCCCAUGAAAAAUCUAUACCUGUCCCUUCUCUACCCCAAUCUUCAGUGUCUGGGGCCUUUGAUGGCUUGGACCUCUUCAGUUCACCUUUUGCACCACAAAAUUGCUCUUCUACACCUCCAACUGGUAGUAAUUCUCAAUUUCCAGGGUCAUCAUUGGCACAAUCUGUUGACGUCAUCCAACAGUCUGCCACCUCUACAGUUCCAUCGUUCUCCAAGCAACAACCAUCAGAAAUCCUACAACCUUCACCACUAGACUUGUUCACCUCACCGUUUCAGCAGCAAUCUGCUGCAUCUAACAAGGAAAAUGCCUCUAACAUGGUGAUGCCAAAUGAUGGAGGAUGGGCAACUUUUGAUAUGCCUCAGAACAUUGUGCCCAUCAGUACUGAAAAAUCUGCUCCGACUGCAGUGCCAUCUUCUGAUGGAAGUGUUCUAGGAAACUUUAACCCAUUUUCCACCGAUCAGAGUUCCUCAUUUCAAGCUACUGCUGGUCAUGAACCUUCGGCAUCUACAUUUACUUUUGAAACCACUGAUUACUGGAAUACAUUUGAUGCUGCGGAUGAAGGACAUCCCACCCAAAAUGUUCUCGAAAUUAAUGAACAAGCUGCUCUGCAAUCUGCUUCUGAUGCUGAGAAGUUGCUUGGCGAUGGUGGAUAUGAGUCUUUGAAUGAUCAUGGCAGGGUAACAACUUCAAGUGAGAGUGAACCACCAUCUUCCAGCUUAUUGUCACACUCCGAUAUAACACUAAAUGACUUUCCCAUGGGUUCACCAGUGGCUGGCGUGGAUUCAUUUGCAACCGAUCACAAGCCUAGCAAUCCAUUUGAUCUGCCCUAUGAUUCAGACAUGGAAUCUAAAAAUAUGUCUCAGUUCUGGAACAUGAGCUCUUUGCAAGUAGCUUUGCCAAAUCUCCAGAUACCAGCUACUUACGAUGGUGGAAUAAAUCAACCCUGGUUUCCCCAAAAUUCAGUUCCCUCCUUUGUCCCUGGUGGAGUUUCGUUCGACUCAUCUGGUGGCUCUUUGGGAUUUAUAGCAGGACAAGCACCAAACACCUCAAUAGCGAGUAUCCAUGUUGAAGGCCCUGUUGCCUCCGUUGGUGGAAACCCUUUUGCCUAGUCACAAAAUUUCUUCAUCUGUGUCGUCGGAUCCUCUUCAUAGAAAGAGAAACAGUGGCUGCAUCAUUGACAAAACAAGAGAUCAUCUAUGGAGUUAAUCUGACAAAACAAGUCAGCUACUUUCUGCGGAUUAUCAACAGCUGAUUUUUCUAUCAAGUUAAUCUGUAGCAGAACUUCAAGUUAAUAUCUCUCUAAUUGUAGUUGCUUUAAUAGCAUGAUUGCAACACUAAUGUAAGAUUAUGAUUCCUGAUUCUAUUUUAAUCUAUAUUUCCCACUUUUACUUCA